AAAGAAAAAGUCAGAAGGGAGAGUGAGUCAGUGAGUCCACUCGCUGGAUCCAUUCCUACAGCAACUUUGUGCUCUCCAGUCUCCCCACUCUUUUCUUUUUCACUCGUUUCUUUCUCUCAGCAAAUUCCCAAUCCCUAAACCCUAAAGCAAGAACACCCAAUUCGGGAAUCCAGGUGAAGAGAACGCGCACAAGAAGAAGAUGGGUUCUUUUGGCCGAGCCUUCUACACUGUUGGCUUCUGGAUCAGGGAAACCGGCCAAGCCCUCGAUCGCCUUGGCUCCCGCCUCCAGGGCAACUACUUUUUCCAAGAACAAUUGUCGAGGCAUAGAACACUCAUGAACGUGUUUGACAAAGUUCCCGUGGUUGACAAGGAUGCCUUUGUGGCUCCCAGUGCAUCCAUCGUUGGGGAUGUUCAUGUUGGACGUGGUUCCUCCAUUUGGUAUGGAUGCGUUCUCAGAGGUGAUGUAAAUAGCAUCAGUAUCGGAUCUGGGACCAACAUACAAGACAAUUCUCUUGUUCAUGUAGCCAAAUCCAAUCUAAGUGGGAAGGUCUUGCCUAUCCUUAUUGGCGACAAUGUCACUGUAGGUCAUAGUGCAGUCUUGCAUGGAUGUACCGUAGAGGACGAAUCAUUUGUUGGUAUGGGUGCAACAUUGCUUGAUGGAGUGGUUGUGGAGAAACAUGCAAUGGUUGCGGCCGGAGCUCUUGUGAGACAGAAUACUAGAAUACCAGCUGGAGAGGUCUGGGGAGGAAAUCCAGCCAGAUUUCUGAGGAAGCUAACAGAGGAUGAAAUUGCCUUCAUAUCCCAGUCAGCAAUCAAUUACGCAAACCUAGCCCAAGUUCAUGCUUCUGAAAAUGCUAAGGGCUUCGACAAGGUAGAGUUUGAAAAGGUACUUCGAAAGAAAUUUGCAAGUCGGGAUGAAGAAUAUGACUCAAUGUUGGGAGUUGUUCGUCAGACACCACCAGAACUUGUCCAUUCCAAUAAUCCGAAGGCUGCGUAAUAUGCAAGAUGUUUUGUUGUUUCCUGUGGAUUUUCUAGAAAAACCCCUACUGAGUUUCAAUUCCAAUAAAUUCUGGGGCCAGGCUGAAGUUCAAAGGAUGAAUCCUGGUACACAUUGAUUCUCGUGCAGUCUUCGCCGUUUUGUUAAUUGAACAAUUUAAAUGUUAGCUUAUUUGUUUUCAUGAUUUCAGUUUCUAUUUUGAUUGGAUGCAUCUUCUUUUAAAAUGUAUCGGAAGGCACCUGAAACCCCUGUAGUUUUAAUAAUAUCUAAAGCAAGCCUAAAAUA